CCAUCAGCUCCCCCGCGCGCAGGUCUGCGGGGCGGGGCGGCCUGCCGAAAGGCCCACCCUGGGGCGUUCCUGAAGGGCGCCUCGGCCGCCCCCGCCGUUCCCCCAGAUGUAUUAUGCGGUUUCCCAGGCGCGCGUGAACGCGGCCCCCGCGACUAUGCUGCGGCCGCCGAGGCCGGGAGACGUGCCGGUCGGGGCCUCCUUGUACGAGUUGGUGGGCUACCGGCAGCCGCCCUCCUCGUCCUCCUCUUCUUCGUCCCCGACGGGGGCUGCGCUCCUCCCCAAGGCGGCGCGCGAGAAGCCGGAGGCGCCCGUCGACACGCCGGGCACGGGAGCCGGGACUGGGGCGCACGCGGGCGGCGGGCCCCGGGCCGAUGCCAAAGAGGAGCAGCAACAGCAGCUGCGGCGCAAGAUCAACAGCAGAGAGCGGAAGCGGAUGCACGACCUGAACCUGGCCAUGGACGCGCUGCGCGAGGUCAUCCUGCCCUACUCGGCGGCGCACUGCCAGGGCGCGCCGGGCCGCAAGCUCUCCAAGAUCGCCACGCUGCUGCUCGCCCGCAACUACAUCCUGCUGCUGGGGAGCUCGCUGCAGGAGCUGCGCCGCGCGCUCGGCGAGGGCGCAGGGCCCGCCGCGCCGCGCCUGCUCCUGGCUGGCCUGCCGCUGCUCGCCGCCGCGCCGGGCUCGGUGCUGCUGGCGCCCGGCGCCGUGGGGCCGCCCGACGCGCUGCGCCCGGCCAAGUACCUGUCUCUGGCGCUCGAGGAGCCGCCGUGCGGCCAGUUCGCGCUCCCCGGCGGCGGUCCGGGCGGCGGCGCGGGCGGCCCUGGCCUCUGCACCUGCGCCGUCUGCAAGUUCCCGCACCUGGUCCCGGCCGGCCUGGGCCUGGCCGCUGUGCCGGCGCAGUUCUCCAAGUGAGGGCCGGCUCGGGCGCCACCUCGGCCCGGCCUCCCGCCGCCCAAGCCGGGCAGAGCCAGGAGGGCACUGCGGACCUCCUCGCCCAGAGACAGGGACUGCUGGGCGUCCCCUUUCGCGCCCCCAUUCCGGGGAAAUUAAAGUGACCCGAGCGGAUGUUCGACAGAACGUCGGGGCACUUUGGGGUCUUGGGUGGCUUCCAGCUGCUUUGCGCUCACGUGCGCGCUCUCACCGUCUUCCCGCGCCCGUGUCUCCCGGUUCCUGGAGUCGUGCGUUUCUCAAGGGCGAUGCGGACUUUACGGCGCCGGGCUAGCCCGGGUGCGGCGGUGGGCCGACACCUGCAGAGCCAGGGAACCAAGGGGCUAUUCUCGGAGGGCGGGGGGCUGCAGGUAGACUUGGAGGUGUUUCCUUCUUCUCGGCCAGAGGUCACAGGCGCCCUUGUUCACCAGCAGCCAGUCCCGGUUAGAGGAGGCUGGCCGACCCCCAGGAAGCCGAGAAAGACCACGCCGUCAGUGCAGACGGCUUCGCGCAUAGCAGACGGACAGACAGACCCUCGGCGGCCAGACGGUUGGCAUCGCGGUGCCGCGGGAGGGCCGGUGACAAUUCCCGGGUCGAUGAGUGCGCUGGAUUGGAAAACCCGCUUUCAUACCCCGACUAUGAGAGUGCAGUUUUUUCAGAAUCGCAGAGCGGGUGUUUGGUCGCGAUGAUGCACUCUUAAAUCUGAAAUCUUCUGAGAAGGGCGGUUUGGACCUCGAGAUUCCUCCUUUUGUCUCCCCUUCCCGCAGGGGCAGCGUAGGCAACUUUUGAGCUUGCUUGAAAACAACCACCUUUCCUCCGCAGACCGGCUUCCGGGCGUACUAAAAGAAAAUAGGUAACAAUGCGUUUCGCGGUUGCCGGCUUGGCAGAAGGCACGAUCUCUAAUUAACGUUCUGCCUCGUUAAACACGGAGGGGGACCAGGGACCCUGCUGUGGUGGCCACGGCGGGGUGGCGUUUUCUGCGCGGUCCCUUCGCGUUCGGGGGGGUCUUGGACCAGCGCGUGGGCCAGGUCUUCUGGCCACUUCGGGAUGGAAAAACUACGUUGAUUUGUUACAGGCGUUAGCAAAUUACUUCAUCCAAGAUGACUUCAUGAUCUUUCAGCAGCUUGCUUUGGAUUUUAAGGUUUCGGGGUUGUUGAUAGUUGCCGAAUUUAACUGGCAUUGUAUUUUUUUUCCCCUCUAACUUUGUUUCCCUGCGCUGUGAAGAAUCAACAAAAUAAACAUGUAAGGGCCUUA